AUGGACCAGACAGUGAUCGUCCCGUCGAUCGCGCGCGGUACCACCGUGGACACCGCGAGGAUCGCGAUGAAGAACGAGUCCGACGCUGGCCUACACAUGCAGGACCAGUCCACCGUCGGCCAUCAGAGCUCCGCCAUCGUCCCACGGUCUGGCCUGUCCAUCGCCACCAGCCUCGGCCAGGAUCAGAGCCUGGACUCGCUGAUGUGCAACCCUACCAGCACAGAGCUGCCGAGGAAGCCCGGCGCGCGUCGCCAGGAGAAGCCGCCUUAUUCGUACAUAGCCUUGAUCGUGAUGGCGAUCCAAUCUAGUCCUGGGAAACGGCUGACCCUUUCGGAGAUCUACUCCUUCCUUCAGCAACGUUUCCCCUUCUUUCGCGGCGCCUACCAGGGAUGGAAGAACUCGGUGCGUCACAAUCUGAGCCUCAACGAGUGCUUCAUCAAGCUCCCAAAAGGCUUAGGCAGACCCGGCAAGGGCCACUACUGGACCAUCGAUCCAUCUACGGAGUACAUGUUCGAGGAAGGCAGCUUCCGUCGACGGCCGCGGGGCUUCCGUCGCAAGUGUCAGGCUCUGAAGCCUCAGUACCCUCAAUACUUCUCCGGGAGCGGUCCCAUGAGCGUCCAGGCGGCCGGGUACGAGAACUUGGCACCUGGAGGCAUGGAGUAUGCUAACGGUUACCAGAACCAGUAUCAGAAUUACCAGGAGUACGCGAUGUACGGACCUGGUGCCGCUGUCACGGCGGACUGGGCUUACCCUGAGGCGACGUAUAAAACGCCUCCUAUAGCAGAGGUGACGUACAAGACCACGGAGGUCACAUAUAAAACAGGCGAGCCGUCCGUGUACAGAAACGGUGAGAUCGUGGCGUUCAAGAGCGAGCCGGGCUACCCCGCCAGGAACCAGGAUCAGCUGACCUACAGGCCCACGGAGGCUUUCUCGGUCAAGGACCACCAGCAGCACCAUCCUGAAACGGUUUACAAGGACAACGAGGCCAUGAUGAGCUACAAAUGCUCCUCCAACUCGGCACCCGCCGCGCAGACACCUGGACAGGACUAUUACGUGGGGUACGGACUCCCUGGGGUCAACAAUGCCGGCGCCAACGCGAACGUCUCUAUGCAGGGGAUCCCUGAGCAAACUGGCAACACCAGCCCCGUGGGGAACGUCAGCUCGCCGCACAGCGGGUGCCAGACACCUGUGACGGACACUGGAAUAAAAAUGUCCUGCUCGAAUUCGAAUUCGAACAGUUCCGGGGGCGGGCUGAUCGACCGGAAACCGUCGUACUUCGGCCACCCCGCUGGAUCCGUGACCUUGAGCUCGUUGGGCUCGCUGGGCUCGUUGAACUUGAGCAACAUCGGCGGUUUGAGUAUAUCGAACAUACCUGGCGCGGUGUCGUCGAACAUUCAUCACACGGCCACUACGACGCCCUCGUCGACGAUGUACUACGAUCAGAUCAAGUACAGCAUGUGAGAACGCUACGAGCCUAACGCGUAGAAACGACGUACUAUUAUCGAAAGCCGAGUGUCGAUUGAACUUUAAAAAUAAUCGAGUGCGAUGAAUAAACACCCCCGUGGGUCACGCGUUACAGUGAUUCUGUCACGAAUGGACCUCGAUUGGCCCUUCAGAGUCUCUUGAACCGCAAACGGUUAAUCGACAGGAUGCAUGUGCGCGUAUGUGUGUGUGUGUGUAUAGAAGUUGUAAAGAAACAACGUUGCGUGCUCGAGGGUUGGUCGAAGCGCGGGGUAGGCCACGUUUGAAAGUAACGAUUUAAAACUACGUAAAGUUAUUUAAAAAGUGAGAUCUUUCUUUAAUCUUUUACUUUCAACCCUGUUCUACUCUGUUACCAUUGUACAAUUCGUGGAGAAGUAUCUUUUAGUCCAGCGCCUUCGACAACCACGCGCACCGACUUCUUAUUUAUAUUUAUAGCUAUCGAUAAAUGUUAUCAUUAAUUUAAGUCUUCCGCCGCGAACCAAGUUCUGUAGUAUUAAAACGUUCUUUGCUAAAAAAAAAAAGAAAAAAAAAUAGAAAUCGAUGUUUGUUGCUUCAAUAGCGUAGACGGUCUCCUUACGCAACAUUGAUAACGGUGUUAAUCAUGCACUGUAAAAUACCGAACGAGUACAGAGUAAAUGUCUCAAUUAUCAACGCAUUAUGAAAUCUAAAACAACGACGUUGUUUUCUUUUGUCCAAGUUAAUCGUAGCUACAGAGACGCCACAAGGUUGAACGCUUUGGAACGUCGCGACGGUUUUGCGGUGACAACGAAGCGAUUGUUGAUAAGGAAAGUUCUUUCUCCGGUGCCCGGCUAUAGCCCACGAGCGGGUUCUAGGAACUCCUCUUGCUCAUCAGACAGUUUGGAGCUUGGAGUCAACUCGAGCAACGUGAUCUUCGUCCCAGCUUGCAUGGAAAGCCGUUCGCCAAUUUUCCUACUUGCUUCCUGUCCGUACUUCAAAAUAAACGUGCUGGUCGAUCCGAUCAAUUUUCAGAGAAAAUACGAAGAAAACGUCGUCCUGAAAGAUAUUCCAUAUUAAAAACUUGAACUCGGACUUGAACUUUUCUCCUCUUGUAAAAAAACAAGAGGGGAAAAUAAAAAAAAUCUGAACUCCAAAGAGUCCGCUGGUUCCUUCGAGGAACUUGGGAGCAACCCCGAGUCCUUUUUUGGUUAUAAAGAAGAUAAUACGGUCGCCGAGGGUACAGCUACCGGGCCGAGUCGUCUGCGACAGAUUACUAUUGGAACAGCUUGUUGCUAGGUCCCUGCCAUAAAAAUGACGGUGGUUCCUUUCGACCAUCGCCAGGAUACACUUAUUCGAGCAACAUGGAAUUCUUUCUGUCACGUGUUCAAACAGUGCCGCGGUUCCUUUGUGAAUCCUAUAAAUCACGUGUUGCACCUCCGCGCGGACAGUCCGCUAAAUAAUUGGUUCCGUCAUGUCCUGAAAUAGCCUGAUGACAGCGCGUCCAGAUCUCAUUAUCGCGGUCAAGGAAAAAAGUUGAGAAAUUCACGAAUGAAUCAGCCACACUGCGUUCAGUCUGCCAUUAUAGGUUGCAUAAUAUCAAAAGGAACAUAUUUUGUAAUAGAUUAGGUU